AUGUCUCGUCCGACAUUUUCUAAAUUCUUUUUAAAUUUUAAAUCUUUUUUUCCCUCUUUCUCUUAUUGCUUCUUUUUUUUUUUUUUUUUUUGGCUUAUCUUAUUUUUUGCUUUUUGUUACUUUUGUCUUUCUUUUUUUCUUCUUUUUCGUGUUUUCUUCUUUUUACCUUAUUUUAUUUAUUUCCCUCUCCUUUUCUUUCGUAUUUUUCUCUUUUUUUUUUCUUUCUGUUUCAGCUUUUUUUUACUCUUUCUUCCUUUCUUAGUUCUUUAUCUUAUUUCUUUUCGUCCAUCUUUCUUUCUCUUUGCAAUAUUUAUUUACCUUCAUUUUUCUUUCGUUGUCUCUUCUUUUUUCCCUUUUAUUCAAUCCUUUAUCGUUCUUUUUCCUCUUCUCUCUCUUCCCUGUUCUCGUUUUUUUUACGUUUGUCUCUUUUUCCUUGUCUUCUUUCUCAUUUUCUUUCCUUCAUCGAUGAUUCUUUUUUCCACCUUAAUUGACAGCCAUUUUUAUUCCCCACUCUUUUUUCGUUUUUCUUUUGCCUUUCUACUUUUCUCUUCAUUUUUAACACUUAUUUUUCUUCUUUCUUUUUCUGCUUUUUUCUUCUUUAUUUUCUUUCUUUCAUUAUAUCUCCUCUCUACGAUGUCUUUGACUUCCUUUUCUUUUCCCCCUUCAUUCUCCGCUUCUUUCUCUUUUCUAUUUUCUUUUUAUCUCUUCGUUCUUGUCUUUUUUCUCCUUGUUUUUCUUUUCAUUUAUUUUUUCUUCUUCUCUUAA